AUGGAAACUCCAGCGGCGCCUUUCCUCGCCGAUAACGCGGGCGAGGAGGAUCCUUCACCAGACUCGGCCUCCUAUCUCCAAGACGAGGGCGAAUUUUCAGGCACUCCCUCCAACAAUGUCUCCCAGGACCUCUCCGCAGAGGAUGCUGCGCCUGACGCCAAGCAGGUCAAGGCCCCGCUUCCUAUGCAGAAGAGGCGGCGGGUGACCCGUGCCUGCGAUGAAUGUCGGCGCAAAAAAAUCAAGUGCGAUGGAAAGCAGCCUUGCACCCAUUGCACUGUCUACAGUUAUGAAUGCACUUACGAUCAACCGUCGAAUCGUCGCCGCAACCCCGCACCUCAGUAUGUCGAAGCGCUCGAGAGUCGCUUGCACAAAGCCGAGGCCCUGCUCCGCGUCGUUCUCCCGGACCUGAAUCUGGACGAUCCGCAAUUCGACGUGCAUGCAACAGAGCAGAUGCUGUUAGCAUUUAAACGAGAAAAGCUUCAGCAGCCAUCACAGCCACCGGCGCAAUCUUCGCAAUCUUCGCAACCGUCUUCGCAACAGUCCCAUGCAAUUGGGUCCGCGGACGCUCCUGGUACAGAUGAAACUGGCGCUGACGAGUCUUUGUUGGAGUCAAUGGUCGAUAAAUCCGGGUCUCUCGACCUGGACGAUCAGGGCCAUUGGGAUUACCACGGGCACACGUCUGGCAUCAUCUUUCUUCGCCGGCUCCGAAAACAGCUAGGAGUAUAUCAGCCGGGCACUAGCGAGAUCCCCUUGCGUACACGGCCCGCGCUGCAGCAAUUCCUGGAGAGCCCCAAAUCGACGUCCGAAUCGCCGCAAGAGCCGUCUUUGCCGCCGACCCACGAUCUGCCGCCCCGCGACGUCGCACGGCGUCUGUGUCACAAUGCUUUAGAGGACGGCUGUGCAUUAAUUCGUUUCGUGCACGAGCCAUCGUUCUAUGCUUUACUGGAUCGAGUCUACGAUACCCCCCCGGAGCAAUUCACCAAUGAAGAGAAUUCCUUCUUGCCGCUGCUGUACAUUGUUAUGUCUGUUGGUUGUUUGUUUUCCGACGACGGGGCUGGAACCUUGGAUGUGUCGGGAUAUGAAAGUGCAAUAGGCCAAGGGUUUCAAUACUUUAAAGCCGGCCGGCAUUUGCUGGAAAUUACCGAUUGCCGUGAUCUAACGUCUUUGCAAGCCAUCUGUUUCAUGGUCAUAUUCUUGCAGUCUUCGGCAAAGCUUAGCACCUGCUAUUCGUAUGUUGGAAUUGCUUUGCGCUCUUCGCUGCGGCUCGGCCUGCAUCGCUCAGUGACUGCAAACUUUAAUCCGGUCGAACGGGAGUUACGCCGUCGCAUCUUUUGGGUGGUUCGAAAAAUGGAUGUAUAUGUUAGCACGCUGCUUGGCCUGCCUCAGAUGCUGAGCGAUGACGACAUUGACCAGGAGUACCCGCUGUCCAUUGACGGGGAGUUUAUCACAGAAAAUGGAAUCCUGCCGAGUCCAGAAGGGAGGAUACAUGCCAUGGUCGGCGCCAAUGCGCACACCCGACUCUCAGUGAUCGUUCUCAAAAUCGUGAAAUAUAUUUACCCUCUCAAGACAGCACAACACCGGUCUGAGUCAGAUCAACGCUAUGUUGUCAGCCAUUCGAAAAUCAGGGAGAUCGAGCGGGAUCUUCAGAACUGGAUGGAAGAGCUUCCUGCGGCGCUGCGGCCUGGGACAGAAGUCUCUCCACAAAUUGAGCGGAUACGACAACUCCUGCGUAUUAGCUACGCUCAUGCGCAGAUGGUCAUGUAUCGACCAUUCCUCCACUAUGUUUCCAGCGGCUCACAAGCUCGGGGUGUUGAUAGACGGUCGUACGCCUGUGCCGCCGCUUGUGUCAGUGUUUCCCGGAAUAUCGUCCAUAUUACCACCGGAAUGCAUAAGAAGGGCCUUUUGAAUGGAUCCUUCUGGUUUACCAUGUACACCACGUACUUUGCCAUUCUAUCCUUGCUGUUCUUUGUCUUGGAGAACCCUGACUCGCCGACGGCAAAAGAUGGCGUUCUUAAAGACGCUAUGGAAGGCAAAAACACACUAGCUGGGCUAGCGAAGAAGAGUCUUGCAGCCGACCGCUGCUCGCAAAGCCUCAACUGUCUCUUCAAGAAUCUCCCCGAGAUGCUCAAGAACCGACAGAGCUCCAAGGCUCAGGUUAACUUGAAGCGACCAGCUCCCUCAAAUCAGCCAGCGCCCGAACCACAGCCAGGCUCGAUACAGAGAGCAAACACCUUCCCGGUCCAACUACUCAGCCGGCCAUCUAAGCCGGACGGUACCCAGUCGCCCAAGAGCGUGGAUGAUAAUCAUGCAGCUCGCUCACCCGCGAAACCACGGACUAACCGCCGAUCAUGGGUUCAGCCUUCCGAAGCCCCAGCAAGUGCUGUCUCAACUCCACCAGAGGCUACGCCACCUUCCGGUACACCGAUAAUAUCUCAAACAUUGCCGAUACGGGAGGCUCGUGCGGGACAAUAUACACAGUCGUUGCCGAACACUACCGGAUUUCCCGACCUCAUGCCCAUCAUGUUCCCGUCGGACGACCCAUUCGCCUAUCCCGCACAGCCAAUGUCAACGUUGGAAAAUAAUCACUUCCAAUUCGACGCAUCUGCCACUACGGCACCGUUCAUGUCUGCGAUCCCAACCACUGUGGAUCAAGCAGGUGUCAACAACUUUGGUGGUUUGAAUAUGUUCCAGAAUGGGACCCCGAAUAGUAUGGGCACGGCACUCUCAGGCCGGAUGUCAGGCUCGCAUUUGCAGUCGCCCGUUUCACACGGAUCCACACCGGGCGAAGCUGUCAACAGUCCAGAUCUCGUCUCCAUCCCCAACCAAAACUUCGUUUGGCAGGGUUACGGAAUUGACCAGCAGCAAAAUUUUGUGCCUGAUGCCACAAUACAGCAGAUGUCUACCGGCGCCGAGCAGUCCUUUGGUAUGGCAGAUGAUAACGCCUUUAAUGCCGGCCUGGAUCUCCCUGGAGUUCCAUUGGAUGAGAUUUUCGGUAACACUGAUCUGAAGGGCGGGUUUGCGAGCGACGAAUGGACGCAGUGGAUGAAUAUCGGUUAG